AAUGAAGCCCAACCUCUCGAGAGGAAAAAAUCGGGAUCUAGAGGAAAUUAAGGAAGAGAAGAAUGUACAUGCUCUAGAUGAUUCCUCUGAAGAAGAAAUUACUACUAAAUCAGCUAAGAAAUCUAAAAAGUCCCCUUUCAAGAAACCAAGGGGCAUGAAGAAUGGGGUUAAAGGAGGGAAUACUAAUAAUGUACUAUCCCUUGCACAAAGAGCGGAGAAAUAUUAUGAUCUCUCUGAAGAAAAUGCUCGACUCAAAAAGCAUCAAACUGAGCUUGAUGAAGAUAUUAAACGUAUGGCCUCCAGACUUAAAAGGAUUAAAUCUCUGAUCAGUAAGGAGCGCAAACUUGCUGGCGGAGUCCUCGGAAAUGAGUUCGAAAAAGAGCUAGAUGUUAUUAUUGAUGAAAAUAUUGAGUUUAAGGCAGAGACUAAGAAACUUAAAGCUACUAUUAAGACCAUGAAAGCUGAAAUGAAGACCAAGAAUGUCUAUACAUCCUCUAAGUCUAUUGGCAGUAAGUCUAAGGCUUCUUCUAAAAGCGGAGAAGAUGAUGAAGCUAGGGUUGAAAUCAUAAACAAACUUAAGGAUCGGCUUAAGGAGAACAUGAAAAUAAUAGAAUCUUUAAGAGAAGAAAAUAUUAUUCUCAGGAACGGCAAGCCUGAUGUCCAGGCAAGUAGAGAUCUUCUUGUCAAACUUGAAAAGAAUGACACAGAGGUUGUCAGAAUGCAAUGAAGUUUACAAGAAGUAACUGCUAACUAUGAAGCCCUUAAUGUGGUACUUGAAAAGUGCAAGCAAAAGAACAACUCUUUGCUAGAUGAAAUUAGGGACAAAAAGGAACAGAUAAUUAACCUGACAGCCCAAAUUACUGCUUUAGAGAGAACACAAGGAGCAGUUGAUGAUCUUAAAGAACAACUCAAAGAGUCUGAUCAGGAGAAAACAGAUCUUGAGAAUAGGCUUAAAGACCUUCUCACUGAGCCAUUCUUAAAGAGAGAAUCAGGAACUAGCUCCCAGAAUAGAAUAGCUAAACUCGAGAUGGAAAGAGAUGAAAAGAAGAAGAUUAUCAAGAACCUGAAGGAGAAGAUCCUAGGGCAUGAAGAAAAAUCAGCAAAAAUGGAGGCAGUUGUUGAAAUUGAAGAGAGAAAAGCCAAAGAUUUUGAAGAGAAAUAUCAAGAGCUUAAAAUGAAAUAUGAAGGAGAUGGAGAAUUGAGCAUUGAAAAUGUCCAGCGCCAACUCAUGAGGAUAGACGAUAAUGCAUUCAGACAGACUAUGAAAGACCUCAACUACCAAGGGACUGAACCCAACUGGGAUCAGAAUUAUGAAGAUGGAGUUGAUGAUAUUGAUAUAAAAGAUCCCAAAUCAUUACUGAAGGAAAUCGAAAGACUUAGACUCAGCAAAAGAGAUAUUGCAGCAGAACUCGAAAAGAUGCAGCAAAUGCUUAAGCUACAGAGUGAUCUUGAAGGAGAAAAAGUAGCCCUGGUAAAAGAAGAAGCUGAAGAUCUGAGAAAUAAAGUCAAAGCAAAUGAGAUAAAGAUCAAGGAUCUAGCUCUUCAACUUGAUAUAAAGCAAAAAGAAAAUGCUGAACUUCGUAAAGCUCUUGCUGGUAAAGGAUUCACAGGAAUGAUAGGAGGCAAAGAUUUUCAUCUUGAGAAAGCUUCAGAUAAUAUGAGUGAAUUCUCAGAAAUGACAGAUGAAACUCAAUUAGACUACCAAGAAAAUAAACUUGAAUUAGUUAUAGAAAGUGGAGAAUUUCACUCAAACUCUCUCGUACAAAUGUUAGGAAAGUCUAAAAUUAAUGAUACUACUUUCAAUACCUUCUUGACUCUAUCAUUCUAUGAUCAUGAUACCCAAGCGACUGAACUAAAAACAGGGUUCUCACCUCUAUACGAGACAUUCUUUUCUUUCAGAAACAAAUUUGAUGAUUUCUUGAUUCAAUACCUUGAUACCAAAAGUUUGCUGAUCGAGGUCCAUCAAUCUAAACUGAACAAAUCAAAAAUUAUCGGAACUGCGAACAUCCUUCUCAAGGAUUUAGUAGCUAUUGAUAGGGAGAACCCUACUCCAAAGAAGGUGAUCAGCAGUUAUGCUGAGAUAAUGAGCAUCACCAAUUCUGAUGUUGUAAUAGGAUCGAUUAAAUUCAAAAUGAGGCUCAAAAAUGACUUCCAUCAGGCUAUCAAAAUAUAUUAUGAUAGAAAAAUAGUGGAAGCUAAGAACGAAAUGAGAGAAACAACGAAAUCAAGGACAAAAUGAGUUUCGAUAGAAAUAGUAGAAUGUACAGACCUUGUAAAGAAAGGAACAAAACAGAAGAAGCUUCGCCCCUUCUGUCACUACCAGUUCUACACAUUUGGAGAACAUAUGACUGUUGCUUCGAAGGGAUCUAAUCCAAGGUUUGACGAUAUACAGAACUAUGAGCUUUCUUUCAAGCCUAAUUUCAUUGACUAUAUUGAUAAAGAGCAUCUUGUAGUCACUGUUUUUGAUAACUCAGGUCCAGUACCAGUGGAAGAGGAUGAGAAGGAACAACUUGAUGAUGAAAAUGACAUCAUUGGAUAUGCAAAGGUUCCCCUCAAGUUGCUCACAUUAAACAAAGAUAUCUCAGGACCUAUCACCAUCCUAAAUUCAAAAGGCGAGCACUGUGGAGUAUUAUAUUCAAAAAUAACAGUGAGUGAGCCUUUAAGAAAAUUUGUUUCUCAUGGAGGAACUGGCCUUGCAGUUACUACACUUUGGGAGAACAAUAUCAUCCAAACUCUCUGCGAAAGUAUAGCCAAAGAUACCAGAUUUAGAGAGGUUGACCAAAUAUUCUAUAUUUUCAGUAAGGAAAAGGAACAACUCACUCAGAACAGUUUCAAAAAUGUGGCCUUAAAAAUGAAAUGUGGCCUCACAGAGAAUGAACUCAAUAUGUUUUGUGGCUCCUCCACUCUAUUUGAUAAUGGAAAGAAGGAAAUUAUUGAUAAGAAAGAAUUCUUGGGUGUGUUCAGUCAACCCUUAUUUAAUGCCUUUAACAGACAUAAACAAUUAGCUGUUGCUGAUGAGGAAGAAGAGAAGAAGAGAGGACAAGAAAUAGCUGAUACUUAUAAAGAUAGAACUGAUCCAGCCUCACUUAUCAAGAAGGAUAAAGGAAAAGUAUUUGAUGUUACAAGAGAAAUCAUCCUCGAAAAUAUCAAUAAGAUAAAAGACAAGCUUGAGCGACACCUUAUGAGGAAGAACCAAGAUUUAAAGGACUUCUGGAAGGAGAUCAGUAAAAAUAAAAAGGAUGUCUCUCCUAAGAAAUUUGUCACAAGAAUCCUGAGGGUCGAAGGUCUCUUUAUCACCGAACUUGAGGCCCAGAUUUUCUAUGAAUUUAUAGAUGAGGAGAAUCAUGGAAAAGUUUCUUAUGAAGAUAUCGCAAUUUCAUGCAAGGAUAUCAAUGUCAAUGUGUUAUUAACCAGGUUUAAAGACAAGCUAUAUGGAGAUGAUGAAACCUACCUUGAUGUAUUUGAGAAGUUUGGCACAACUGACCAUGAUGAUUUAAAUGCAAGAGCAACGUUCACAAUGAUAAAUAAUUCUUAAUGUCAAUGACUAUAAA